AUGUGUGCGAAGUAGGCUCACGUAUUUCCCAAUACGUUAAGCGAUCGGAAAUAGUGGAAUAACCACUUUCAGAAAUAGGAUAGACAGAAUUGAGGCAUAGCCCAUUCCAAAAGAUGUUGUUGCUUUUUAACCGGGUUUUGGUGAGCUUGGAGGAUAGUUGCUUUGUUACAGCCUCCGUGAACCACUCACCUCGACCCGUGCCGAAGCUUCAUCUCGCGGUCAACGGUAUAAAGUGUUCAAGUGCAGCAACGAAAGGACUCACAUCAUAUAUCAUCAUUUGAAAUUUCUCGAUGGCUUCUUUGGCUACUGCGCUCUCAUUCGUUCUCAUGCUUCUUGCUGCGACAGUCGAUUUCGCACAUGCAUGCUCAUCGUGUCGUUACGCACGCAGAAAUGAUUCAACAGCCUCCCAACUUAUCAAUGCUGCUAUCGACAGCUUGGGUGGGCACGAAGCGUUAUCAAACUUGAAGGGCGUGACAUACCAGAUCAAUGAUGUAUUUCGAGUCCGAUCUGUCAUGCAGAACUACCAUCUAUUCGAGACAGACCGGUAUAUCGUCAGCUCUGGCUUUCAAAAUAUUUCUUUCUCUUUCCGAGAGCAAGGGUUCUCGCAAAGGAUCGACCGUAAUUUGGUCUCCUCGGACUACUUCACCUUCAUCCGACCAGAGGUUUCUCCGCGCGAUUUCUCGAUGGUGGCGAAAAGCGGUAGCGAUGGCUUCGUCUGCUUUACCAAAGGCAACAACAACGUUUUCUUCCCCAAAAACCAGACGUACGGAUAUGUCGAUGCAAUCAUGACGGAGUAUCUCCUUUUGCAAGCUCAGAAACUCUCACCAAAGCUUCUGCUUGAGGUAGAGAAACAUGACCCAACCGCAACGACAGUAGAAUACCGAGAAUCCACGCUUCCAGCAGUUCGCGAUGAACAAUUAAAUCUCACGGUUGUUUUCGACCCAAAAACCAAUCUACCUAUGCUCAUCCGCGCAUUCGAAGAUCAUCCCAUUCUAGGACGAACAAACAACGACCUGCAGCUCUACAACUACACGCAAGUGAAAGGACUCCAAUUUCCCCGGACCCAGAAGAUCAUCUAUGGAGAUGAGGCCAUUCUCGAAGAUACUAUAGUCUCACAAGUAUACGUCAAUCCUGCAUUCGAACAAGGUUUCUUUGAUGGACUUGCCCCAGAUGAGACUGAAACUACUCCCUCGCCUCCCAAAGCGGAUCCCCGAUAUGGACAUGCGGAAAUGACUGAGUACUGGUCGAAUACGCUCUGGGCUGGAGAGUAUACGAGUAGUCUCGAGUUCCUCAAUGUUUCCCACCCUGCAGACGAUUUACCGGGAGCGCACCACCUCGCAUUCCUGAACAACACCAACUUCUACCAGCUUGUGCUUGAGUUCGAGGAGUCUGUCAUCGUAUUUGAAGCGCCUCCCCACCAGUCGGAGCUCGUCAUUCAGUGGGUGGAAGAGAACAUCAAAAAGCCAAUCUCCCAUCUUUGGGUCUCCCAUCACCAUCAUGAUCACAAUCUCGAUGUGGCUAAAUUCGCCGCCAUUGGCGCAUCAGUCAUCGUUCCUGAGAUGGCCGCGCCAUACUGGAGCAAGAUUCCCGAUAUACAACUAUUGACUUUCACUGAGGACAAGCCCUUCAUAUACUCGGAUAGCAAAAUGCAAGCCCGCUUUCUCUGGCGACCCAACACACCGCAUUCAGCUGAUUGGACGUACGCCAUUGUGACCACUGCGUGCCCAGAUGCAGAUACCAGUAUGCUUGCAUUUACUGCAGACGCCUACAGCACGAACUUUGAGUCCGACACCAACCUUGCAAACUCGUGGCUUUUACAGGCGAUAGGAGAUGGUAUGAGCAAAGACACAAUUGUUGUACCUGCGCAUGGAUGGCCGACUAGUUUUUCUGAAGUCUACGAGCGUCUGGGUUCUCCAUAUCCUGACUUCAAUUCGACCAGCUUCGUGAGUGGUGGGAACAUCUGCUUGAAUGCCGCGUGA